AUGAAUAAUAAGGAAGAGAUCGUUCUUGGAUAUUUAGAACAAGCAGAUGAUAUUCUAAAUGUAGAUGAUGAAUUGCCUUCCUAUGCAAAUGGAUUGCCUGUAGAUGAUAUUAAUUUAAUUUUAGUAUUUCUUAGAGAAUGAAGACAAGUUCGAAUCAAUUAAAUGCUAAUAAUGCAGUAAUCAAAUGAAAAUGUUGCUUUAAGUAUUUUUCUAAUCCUACUCUUAAGAUAUAUGCUCCUUUGAAUAACAAGCAUGCCUCUUUUAGAGAGAUCUAUGUGUUUCUAUGCUUAAAUGAGCAAUGUUCUAAACACAAUAGUAGUGUUAGAGUUUUUAGAAUGCAAUCGUCAUAAAGACCUUAACUUUUAUAAUCCAAAAAUAAAGACUAUAUACUAUCUCCAUAAAACAAAUCAUUCAUAAUUGACACUGAGAUUAUAAGCGCUAAGGAGAACAACAACGAACUCUAAGUAGCUGAAGAAUUAUUGCCCACUAAUUUAGAUGAUGAGGACAAGGAUGUAGAUUUGAAGAAUGUGAAAUUUGAUAAUGAAAAUAAAAUCUAUGAGAACUAUUUAAAGAGUGCAGAAGAGAAAGAAGAUAUUGAAGACAUAGACGGAUUGGAGAAAGAUUAACAAAACAAUAUCGAUGGUUGUUUUCUGAUUUACUAACAGUAUUUGUAAAAUCUUACUUAGUUUUCUGACCUAAUAUUAGAAUCAUGUUGUCAGAUAUUGUUUUGAUUCUCAAAGUAAACCACUCUGGUUUAGUGAUAAAAAACAACCUUAGAUUGAAUCCAAAUGUCCACAUUGUAAAAAGAAUAAGAUUUUCGAAUUCUAAAUUAAUAAUUCUAUACUGACUUACUUUCCUGAAUUGUACAACCUAGAAUGGGGAGCCUUAUACAUCUACAGUUGUCCAUCUAGUUGUUCUGUUGGCGGUUAAGUAUUAGUGGAGGAGACUGUCUAUGCUCAUUCAGAUGAAUAGGAAUUUAUUAGUCCAAAUCUAAAGGUGGAUCCAAAUACCAAAUUGGUCACCAUCAAAUAGGAUACAAAUAAAUCAAAUAAAUAGAAACACUAAAUUUAAUAGCAAUAACAAGUUCAAUAAAAGAUUGAUGAGUAAGAUGAAGAAGAUGAUUGGUGAU